AUGUUUGCUGAUGACACCAAUCUAUCAUGCACAGGAAGGACCCCAGCCGAAAUUGAGCACAAACUAAACGCUGACUUAUCCAAUGUUAACGACUGGUUAGAAGCAAAUAGGUUGACAUUGAACACAGACAAAACAGAAUUUAUGAUAAUAGCCUCAAAAAGAAAACUUAAUCAAUUUCGCACUGAUAUUC